GGAGUAAAUGUGAGUGAGCCACGGAUUCAGUGCAUCGCCGCACACAGGCGACAGGGACCCGCUACAUCUGAACGCCCCCGGCGCCGCCACGCCUCCGCUCCCCGGCUAUUCGGGAGUCCGGAUCGGAGUGGCUGGAUGCCUCGGUCGCCAUGACGACCCUCUUAAAGUAUAACAAAGGGAAAAGGGCAGCAAUGGCCAGAACAAAUUGGAGAGAAGGGCUGGGGGAAGCACAUUUCGUACAUCUGAAUGGGGAAGCGAGGAUCCGUCCGCGCAAGUAAUUCCCGGCGGGGGUGACAAUCACUGCAGGCUCGCGCCGGAGAAGAGCGCGCGGAAUUGAAAACUUUCACGGACUUUAGGGAGUGAAGGAAUUGUCGUUUGUCAUAUGCAUCUUACAUGAAAGAAAAUUUCUCCAUGGACAAAGCGGUUCUCUUUUGGCUACUGUCGGAUUAUUUGUUACAGAUGGUCAGAUUGGCUUGUGUUGAAGCACCAAGUUUUGUGGAUGUUUAUUUGGAAUUCAGUCCUUUUCCACUCCGGGGGGAACCAGAGUACUAUACCGUGACCUAUUCCUCUGGCACUAAAAAAGGGCACUGGUGGAAUGCAAGCGAUGUCAGUGGGUGUCCUUCACGCUGUCACGUAGCCAUCAGUGACCUGCUGGACAUGGAUACAUAUGACAUUGUUCUGAAAUCAGUCAAAAACAAUGUUGUUCUGGAUACAAAGUCUGUUCGUGUGGACCCCUCAGCCAGCUUAUCCCUUAGGACAGAAUCUACCUCCACAAGUGCUGUGUUUACAUGGAGUCCUCAGGCUGCUGAACGUGCCACCAUUUUCAGUCUCGCUGGACGUUCCUGGGCUGUACCAGGGCGUCAAACCUCAUACCGCGUGGAGGGUCUCCAGCCGGCCUCAUUACACAGGUUCACGGUGGAAUUCCAGUCUCUGACUGAACACCGUAAUGUCACAGUGACGCUGAGGCGAAAGGUGCUGCUCCACACAGCGCAGUGCCCAGAUGGUUGGGUUCACUAUGGCAGGAACUGCUAUCUGAUCUCGAGGAAGAUCAAACAGUGGCAGGAGGCGGCUCAGGCCUGUGAUGUAGCUGCCCCUGGAGCUCACCUGCUAGACACUGACACAGAGGAGGAGUUGGCGUUCGUCUCCUCCUUCCUCCAGAGCCUCAAUCUAGUGCUGCUAUGGACCAGCCUCAAUGAUAUUCAGCAGGAAGGAGAUCUCCGUUGGGCCGACGGGUCUGCAUAUAGCUUGAAGAGUGCUGUGACAUCAGCGUUGCCGCCCAAUCAGACAGAUUGCUUUGCCUUACACUUGAAUGCCACGGACCCCAGCUACUACUUCACUGGAUUCUUCUGCUAUAUGCCCCUGCCCUACAUGUGUCACUGCAGAAUACCAGCCGGACCGACAGACUUUGACUUCCUGUUGGAGGAGGUUGGCGAGACAGAGGCCGUUGUUAAAUGGAGUGACCUGCAGGCCUGGGUAAGCGAGACAGACGUGGAUGAGCUCACCAUUCAGUACCGAGAUGAGACCUCUGGCCUCAAGGCCCACCAGACGGCCUUGUCAUUCAAGAUGACCAGAGUGACUGUGCAGGGAUUGUCCCCGGGUCAUGAGUACCUGUUCACCCUCAGGGUGACUCACCUCAGCGGAGUCACAAGAGUCUUGGGCUCCACUCUUACAGUUGUGACAAGGCCCAGUCCACCUCAGAACAUCAGAGUAACGAACGUAACUUCCAGGCAAGUUCAUGUGUGCUGGAGCAGUCCCAUGGACCCCCACCAAGCCCAGUUCCACCACUACCUGAUCCGCUAUGUGGAUGUUGACGCAGAUACAGAGAGGUUUCUGUUGGUGGCCAAUCAUACAACGUCAGCAGUGAUCGAAGGUCUGGAGCCUUACCGCCUGUACCGGGUCAGCAUUCAGACCGUGACUGGACGCGGAGUUGAGAGCUGUGGCCACACGGUCUGCUCAGUCAUCACUGCGGUCAGUCCACCGGGUGGAGUGAUUAUCCGGCCGGAUGACGUGGGGGAGGAGAAUGUGAUGGUGCGGUGGGACCCACCAGUUGGGGUGAAACCUGAUGGGUACUUCAUUAUUAUCCAGCCGCUGACCACCGGAGAUUGGCCCAGGGAACUCUGGGUAAACAGAUCACUGAGCUUUGAACUGAGCGCGCUCACUCCCGGAGAGACGUACGAGGUCAGCGUGGUGGCAGUGAAGAGUGGGAACAGGAGCAUGGGGGAGAGCAUCCUUCAGACAUUAAAGCCCAAGCAGGUCCAGAUUGCUGUCCCUUACGAAUCCAGCGCCUAUUCCACUCUGCUUUACAUCCAAAAGCCAGCCGAUGGCAUUUUCGAUGGCAUCCAAGUUAUCUACAGAGGGGGCAGCAAGUGGACGGCACUGUCUGGGGGGGAUGAUAAGAUCUCCAUAGAGGGCCUGAUGCCUGGCACAGCGUAUGAGUUUGCUGUGCACGUCACCAGUGGAAAUAUGACCAGCGAGCCAUACCUGGUUAAAGGAGUCAAAACAUGCCUGGCUCCGCCCACAAACCUCCGAGCUGGGAAGGUGUCUGACACGACUGUAGAAAUCCUGUGGAACGAAGCGGAGGGGAGCUGGCAGACCUACGAAGUGAUCUGCACCAACUGUGCCGACACCGUCUGGGCUCAGAAGGUCAAAGAUGCAAGAGCAGUGUUCACUGCCAUUACACCUGGGAAAGAGUAUAAUUUCUCUGUUCGGACUGAGAAGGAGUCCUUCAAAGACAGCCCGCAGGUGUUCCUUCAAAUAAGAGCAGCACCAAGUACAGUUGAGAUGUCGGUCUUGAAUAAGAAUGAGACGUUUGUAACGGUCAGCUGGACCAAGCCUCCAGGUGUCAUUGAUGGCUUCAUAGUGUCCAUCAUGAACGGAACCUUUCACCAACAGAAAAGUCUUGCAGACUUGGGGCAAAGAAUGCAUAUGUUUGAUGGACUUUUACCUGGGGCUACCUACAGAAUUUCUAUCAUCAGCACAAGUGGAAUGAGAAGAAGCCUCCCAGCCAUUGUCAAUGUGACAACAAACCCCGCUGUCCCGGAGUCUGUGGAUUUCGUGGACCAGGAUGGCGGUUCCAUGUACGUCACCUGGAGACCACCUUGGGGGUUUGUUGAUGCUUACAAGGUACAGUACAGCUCAUUGGCAGCUAAGAAGCCUAUUCAUGAAUUCAUCCUUCAUGAAACCAAUAUGAGAAUAAAGGACUUAUUCCCUGGAACAGAAUAUCAAUUCACACUGCAGUCCUUUAAAGGGUCUGAGGCCAGUAAAACAGUGUCAAAGCGAGUUGUCAAACGUCCGGCGCCGGUCUGCUCCCUGUCACUGACCCGCGUCGACACCUCCUCCGCCAGUAUCGCGUGGGAGUCUGCUGCCGGCCAGUUUGACCAUUACGAGCUCAGUGUCUCCAACGCCUCCUCGUCCCGCACGGUCCACAUCUCCAAGGAGGUCCUGGCGUACACUGUCUCUGGCCUGCUGGACGGGUGUAGCUACAGCGUGACUAUGGACAGGGUUGGGAAUGGGGUCCGUGGGACCCCUGCCUCUCUAAAAGUGCUCACCGAGCCCGGGCGCCCACAGGCAGUGCGUGUGACUGGCAUCUCACCCCGAAGCUUCUCUCUGCGCUGGGCUGUGCCGACUGGAUGUGCGGACGGACACCGGGUGGAUGUGCUCCCCAGACGAGGUGUUGUGGUGCUCAGCAGCCCGCAGGACGGGGAGGUGCAGGCGGAUGUGUCGACCCUCGCUCCGGGAUCGUCAUACACGGCGGCGGUCACCGCGGUAGCCUCUUCCUCCGCCUUCAGUUCCCCCGUGGUCGUAUCCAUCACCACCAAUGAGACGUUUCCGGGUGCGCCCACUGGCCUUCGGGUGGAUGAGCUAGGUUCCACGUUCCUCCAUCUGUCCUGGACCACGCCCAACGAGACCAAUGGUAUGAUCCAGUCCUACAUCAUUGAGUACAGGGAGGUCUGUCCCUGGCCCACGUUCAGUGCUACUCCGAUUCGGACCGGGUCAGAUGUCCCAGAAUUCCUCCUUGGCGGCCUAAACCCUGGAUCCACCUACAUCAUCCAGGUGGCAGCAGAGAACAGUGCUGACUCUGGACUCUUCAGUGAGCCACUGAUUAUUACAACAGAAGAAGCAGCCCCCCACGCUGUGACCAACCUCACGGCCUUCGCCUCGAGUCGGUCAUCCAUCAGGGCAACGUGGUUCCUGCCCAGGAACACCAACGGGCUGAUCACCAAGUUCAUCCUCGAAACCAUUCAUGGAGAAUCUAACACAACUGUUCGGAGUCAGGAGAUAAAUGCAGAAGAUUUCUUGGCUAAUACUCUUUCUUACUGCAACGACACAGUGGACAUGUUGUCUAACAGCACUGCCAGCUCCAUGGACACUCGCCUGGCCUCCAUCGCCAAUCCGCCCGCAUUUCUGACGCCUCCGUCCCCCUGGAGUGUGCCCAUCAGCGUGGAGGUACACGAUCUUCAGCCCUAUAACAGCUACACCAUCCAGGUGUCAGCAGCCACCAGCAGCGGGCGGGGUCCACCUGCCGGCCAAGCGGUCUUGACACCUGAGUCAGGUCCCGUGGACCCUCCCCAGAACCUGUCUGUGUGGGACAUCACCGCCAGCUCUUUGUCCAUGUCUUGGUCCCCUCCUAGCUUUGCAACAGGACGGUUCAGCUAUGUCCUCGAGCUCCACGAGCGCUCAGGACUUGUCUCUAGUGACAGCACGCUUGAUGUGAACUUCACGUACUCGGGUCUGACCCCAUACACAAACUACAGUGUGACAGUGAGGGCCCAGUCUGCGGGGGCUUUGGGACCGGUAGCAGAAGUGACUGUUUUAACUCUCGCAGACACUCCGGGUGUCGUUGGCAAUCUGACGGCCGCCGAAGUGGACUCUUCAUCACUGAAGGUGUCGUGGACGAGUCCCAGCCAACCCAACGGACUCAUUACCAAAUACCGCCUUUUGGUUUUGGACCAUAGCACAGUGGUGCAGAACAUCACCCUGAUUGGAUGGGAGCAGGGCCUGAAAGAUGCGGAUUUUCACAAUGUAACAUGGUCAACACUGGAAAUGGUGGAUGUGUCGGCCAAUCAGACCUCCUGCGUAGUGAGGAACCUCAGUGCCUUCACGGAGUACACCAUCCGAGUGUCUGCCUUCACUGCCAUCGGCGAGGGACCUUUCACUGAAAUCACAGCGAUAACCAGAGAGCAGGUGCCCGGCUCUGUCAUGAGCGUCUCGUACCAGAACAUAAGCUCAACCUCUAUCCUGGUCACAUGGGCACCUCCUCUGAGCCCUAAUGGCAGAAUCACUUAUUAUGCCCUCUACUGGCUAGACGUGGGUACUAAGGAGGCCUUCCGGAGUGUCACCAAUGAGACCAGCAUUGUCCUUACAGGAUUAAAAAAGUAUAACUUGUACAAGCUCCGAGUGGCUGCCUCCACAGCAGUAGGGGAGAGCCCUCUUUCAGAGGUGGAUGAUGUUUUCGCUAUCACCCUUGAAGACGAACCUGAUUCCCCCCCUAUUCACUUGGCCGUGUCCAACCUCACUUUCUCUUCUGCCACUGUCACCUGGUCCCCCCCGGAGAAACCUAAUGGGAUCAUCCAGUUCUACCAAAUACUGUAUGGGAACUCAACAAUGAGCAUGUCAAUGAACACUUCAAAGCCGAGCGUGACGCUAGAGAAUUUACGGCCGUACUCGUUCUACAAUGUGUCUGUGAGAGCCUACACUAAGUACGGACAUGGAAACCAAGUGUCUGCAGUCUUGGAGGUACUGAGUGGUGAACAUGUUCCUGGGAGCCCUCCUAUUAACCUGAGCUGCGACAGCAUAGGUCCCUCAGAGGUGUCCGUCUCGUGGCACCCACCUCUGCGGCCCAAUGGCAUCAUCCGCUUCUACACAGUGCAGCUCUGGAACGCCACCCACUGGCUGAAUCUCAGCACGCCCAGCACCUCAGUCACCCUGCAGCACUUGCGCAAGUACGCCAACUACAGCGCAGCCGUCUACGCCAGCACGAGUCUGGGCGACGGGAACCAGAGCAGCGAGGUGCUCCGUUUCACCACUGCGGAGGAUGUCCCAGAUGGGCCUGUGCUGAACCUGACGGUCCUCUCCGUCACCCCCACCUCCGCCAUUGUGGAGUGGGACCCCCCGCUCGAACCCAAUGGCAUGGUGUUCUACAUCCUGAGCCUGCAGCUAGCGCACGGGAAUGGCAGCGCGAUCAACAGGACCACCAGUGACACGGUCGUGCUCUUCACUGGGCUGCGCAAAUACGCAGACUACCUGCUGAGGGUGACCGCCACCACGUCCGCGGGCCAAUCGGAACGCAGCACCGCGGUCCUGCACCUGACCACGGGCGAUGACUUGCCCGGAUCGCCCCCGGUGAUUAACCAUGACUGGAGCAUCACCUCCUGCUCGAUUCACCUGUCCUGGCUCCCCCCUGUGGAGCCCAACGGCCUGAUCACAGAGUACAUCGUGGAGCUUCAGGGCCCAGACGGCACCAACCGGACCAUCAGCCACAACAGGAGCCUCACCUUCGGCAGCCUGCGGCCGUUUACCUCCUACAACGUGUUGGUCGCGGCGGUGAACCGACGGGGCGUGGGGCCGUACCUCGAGCUCCUGCUCCACACAGACGAGGCAGCCCCAGCCUCCCCACCCUGGGACCUGCACGUGCUGAACCACACGGCUGACUCCGUGUGGCUGUCCUGGAGGCCCAGCCCGGAGCCCAAUGGGGUGGUGCUCUUCUACAGCUUCUGGGUCCAGGAGCUCCCCAGCCAAACCCUGAUGUACCAGAAUUCCUCUGGGCCCAUCACUGAAGCCCAGCUCACAGGGCUGAGGCCACACCGCUCGUACCAAAUCAGCGUCAGCGCCUUCACCCGUGCUGGGAAUGGAGACCAGUACAGCAAUCCUGUCACAUUUACGACAAAUCAAACAGCUUCAGACGUGGUUGGGAAUCUCUCCUGUAUUGGGGUUACCUGGGACUCUAUACACCUGGAGUGGGAGCCCCCGGACCAGCCCAAUGGCGCAAUCUCACACUACUUGGUCCAGUUCAGUGGCCAGGAGCUGGAGCUGAAUCUCCCUGGGCACCAGCGCACCAUUGGUGGUCUACAGCCUGACACAAACUACACCUUUCAUGUAAGGGCGGUGAAUUCAGCUGGACCAGGGGUAGACGUGUCCUGCAAUGUCAGCACACAGCCUGAGUCAGUCCCGGGGCCUCCUAGCGAUGUGAAAGUGAUUGAGAUCCAGUCCACCAGCGCCACCCUGAGCUGGGCCCCCCCUGGGCUGCUCCCGGGACGCCUGCGGGAGUACCGGCUGCUGCUGGAGCUGCUGGCGCUCUCCUGCCUCGCGGGGGACCCCGCCGGCUGCGUGGAAGCCGAGAAGGUGUUGCACGUGAACGCCACAGGGGGCGACCAACAGACCGUCCUGUAUCCGCUGGCCAAGUAUCGGCUCUACCGCUUCAGCGUGUCUGCCUGUACCGGAGCGGGGUACGGGGAUGCCUCCCAGUGGAGCUACCUGCACACGGCCCCCGGUGAUCCCGAGGCCCCUCCCUAUGCAGUCUCGGCUCUCGCUUCCCCCAGCAGCGUGAGAAUCCAAUGGAAAGCCCCUUUGGUGCAGACGGGACCUACCUCCUACCUUGUUGACAUCGUCAUGGUGGACGGGCCACAUUUAAACCUAACCCUUGUGAGAUGGUAUGAAGAAACAAACGAGGUGGAGGUGACAGACCUCGCACCCUUUACCUGGUACAGUGUGACAGUGAUGGCGUUCACGGGAGACUUAACUGAGGCCAGGUUGACUGGAAAAACCAGCGAUCCGGUUUACGUCAGGACGCCGGAAAUUGAGCCCAAAGACCCCCCGAAGAACCUAACCCUGCACAUAAUCCCAGAUGAUGUGACAAGGGUGCUUGUGACGUUCUUCCCACCUGAGGAACCCAACGGUGACAUCUGUGCCUACAGAGCCAUAGUCUACAAGGAGGACCAGCUAGACUUUGAGAUCCCCAGCCUGCGGGUCAUCGAGGGAAAAAACCAAACUAUCACCGCCAUCGUCGAAGGCCUUAAGGGUGGACAACGUUACAGCAUGAGGAUAUCUGCUGUCAACGGAGCAGGUUCAGGGCCCAGUUCAGAGGUUGCAUUCUCAACGAGCAUUAUUGCUCCGCCAAAACCCAGCAAAAGACCGGAGCCCAUUUUCGAUACACCUGGGGUCGUAAGAUUGAGUUCACAGACCAUCACUGUCCCGAUGCCUGCAUGCUUUUUCACUGAUGAUCAUGGGCCCAUAGUCAAAGUGCAGAUCAUUGUUGCAGAAACAGGAGUUAUGGAUAGCCCCAACGUGACAAACUGGAAGAGUGCCUACAGCUCAAAGCCAGCGCCGUACGCCACUGAUGAUGGCUUCUCGAACCCAGAAUGUUCAGAGAGUAUGAGGGCAAUCAACGUCGCUGAAAACACGUACAGCAUUGGGAGCGACACCGGUUGCCUAUUGCCAGAAAACGAAAAUGCAUUCUGUAACGGACCCCUGAAGCCAAAAACUCGUUAUGUGUUUAAAUUUCGAGCAACAAAUAUUAGGGGGCAGUAUACAGAUACUGAGUAUUCUGAUGUCAUCAAAACUGCAGAUGUUUCCGUGGUGAAUCGGGACAAGCAGAUUAUAAUGGGGGUGCUCCUUUCAUUCUUCCUCCUGGCCAUUCUCAUUAUAGUGAUCUGCAUGUCUGUACGGAUCUGCCACAAGCAGAGGGAGGGAGGGACAUACUCCCCACGGCAAGCAGAGAUCAUCGACACAAAGUUCAAGCUGGACCAUGUGAUAUCGGCCGCAGACCUGGAACAGAAGGAGGACAAGCUGAGCCAGUACCCCUCCUUAUUCUUUAGACGGAAGGACAUAUUUGUCAUACAGCUUCUCAGUUAUAGAAGGUCUGUGAAGCCCAUUAGUAAGAAGGUCUUCCUGCAGCAUGUGGAGGACCUGUGCUCCGACAACAACGCUAAGUUCCAAGAAGAGUUCUUGGAGCUUCCCAAACUGCUGCCGGACCUCGCCACCACGGACGCGGACCUGCCCUGGAACAGGUCCAAGAACCGCUUCACCAAUAUCAAGCCAUACAACAGCAACAGGGUGAAGCUGCUGUCUGAGCCUGGCGCGCCCGGAUCGGACUACAUCAACGCUAGCUUCGUUUCGGGCUACCUCUGCCCCAAUGAGUUCAUCGCCACUCAGGGGCCGCUGCCGGGCACAGUGGGGGACUUCUGGAGGAUGAUCUGGGAGACUCGGGCCUGCACCAUCGUCAUGAUGACCCAGUGCUUCGAGAAGGGCAGGGUCCGCUGCCACCAAUACUGGCCCGAGGGGGACAAACCCAUCUCCGUGUUCGGAGACAUCGUCAUCACCAAGCUGACGGAGGAUGCCCUCCCUGACUGGACUGUGCGGGUGCUUAGAAUUGAGCGGUAUAAUGACUAUAUGCUGGUAAACCACUUCAACUUCACAUCUUGGCCUGAACAUGGAGUGCCAGCAACUAGCACUGCUCUGAUCAAGUUUGUGAGAUCCAUCCGGACCAUCCGAGGCCGUGACAGGGGCACUGUUGUGGUGCACUGCAGUGCCGGUGUGGGUCGGACUGGAGUAUUCAUCUCCCUGGACCACCUGAUCCAGCACAUGAGAGACCAUGACUUCAUUGACCUGUUCAGCUUGGUAGCAGAACUCCGGGGUGAGAGGAUGUGCAUGGUGCAGAACCUGGUGCAGUACAUGUUUCUGCAUCAGUGCGCUCUGGAGAUCCUCUCCAGGAAAGGGAUCAGCCAUCCAAUCUGGUUCUUCAGUAGUUCCGGUUUGCAGAGGAAGGACUCUCUGGACGGCAUGGAGGGUGACGUCGAACUCGAAUGGGAGGAAACGACCAUGUGACUGGCAUCAGUUGUAAUCAGCUUUUAUCAAUGCGCUUCAGUGUUGCCUUCAGUGGUUAAAUUGAAGCUCCUUGACCUAAUCAUGUACCUCGAAACAGGGGCCAAAUCUCUGCAAAUAGGACCCAACUGCGUCUGUCCUCUUAUGUUUGUGCUGAAAGAAAGACAUCCUUUUUGCUUUUAACAUAAAAUGUAAUUGUGUAAAGGUAACUGUCCCAUGCAGACAACGCUGCCUGUAUUCUGUAGUUUGGGUUAUUUUCUGAAUUUAUGUAUUAUGUUUUUGUAAUGUAAAUUACGCCAAAUGGGGUAUUGCCGUGUGUGUAUAUAACUGUGUUUUUUCACCCUUGUGUUUAUUUUAAUAAA